AUGACCGUUGCUACUGGAGACCCCACAGAUGAAGCAGCAGCUUUGCCUGGUCACCCUCAAGACACCUAUAACCCAGAAACAGAUCAUGAAUGUUGUGAGAGGGUGGUCAUUAACAUCUCGGGACUGCGAUUUGAAACACAGCUUAAGACACUUGCUCAAUUUCCAGAGACUUUGUUAGGGGACCCUAAAAAGAGAAUGAGAUAUUUUGAUCCUCUCCGGAAUGAGUAUUUCUUUGACCGAAACAGACCCAGCUUUGAUGCUAUUUUGUACUACUACCAAUCUGGUGGCAGGUUGAGGCGGCCUGUUAAUGUGCCCUUGGACAUCUUCUCAGAAGAGAUCAGGUUUUAUGAACUUGGGGAAGAAGCUAUGGAGAUGUUUCGGGAGGAUGAGGGCUACAUCAAGGAAGAAGAACGGCCUUUACCAGAGAAUGAGUUUCAGAGACAAGUAUGGCUGCUCUUUGAGUACCCAGAAAGCUCUGGACCAGCCAGGAUUAUAGCAAUUGUCUCUGUCAUGGUCAUUUUAAUCUCAAUUGUGAGCUUCUGCCUGGAAACUUUGCCUGUGUUCCGGGAUGAGAAUGAUGACAUGCAUAGCGGCAGCAGCAACCCAAGCCAUAAUAUCAAUGGCACAAUGGGGCAUCAGCAGCCAACAUCCUUUACAGACCCCUUCUUUAUAGUUGAGACACUCUGCAUCAUUUGGUUCUCCUUUGAAUUCUUAGUGAGAUUCUUUGCCUGCCCCAGCAAAGCUGGCUUUUUUACCAACAUCAUGAACAUCAUCGACAUUGUCGCCAUCAUCCCGUAUUUCAUCACCCUGGGAACAGAACUGGCUGAGAAACCAGAAGAUGGCCAGCAAGGCCAGCAGGCAAUGUCUCUUGCCAUCCUCCGAGUGAUCCGUCUGGUGAGAGUGUUCAGGAUCUUCAAACUCUCCAGGCACUCCAAGGGACUGCAGAUCCUGGGACAAACCCUCAAGGCCAGCAUGCGGGAACUAGGCCUCUUGAUAUUUUUCCUCUUCAUUGGUGUCAUCCUAUUCUCCAGUGCUGUCUACUUUGCAGAGGCUGACGAGAGUGAAUCUCAGUUCCCCAGCAUUCCUGAUGCUUUUUGGUGGGCCGUGGUUUCCAUGACAACAGUUGGCUAUGGAGACAUGGUCCCCACAACCAUAGGUGGGAAAAUAGUUGGUUCCUUGUGUGCCAUUGCAGGUGUAUUAACAAUUGCCUUACCAGUGCCGGUUAUAGUGUCCAAUUUCAACUACUUCUAUCACCGUGAGACAGAGGGAGAGGAGCAAGCUCAAUACUUGCAAGUCACCAGCUGCCCAAAGAUCCCUUCUUCCCCUGACCUAAAGAAAAGCAGAAGUGCCUCCACUAUUAGUAAGUCUGAUUAUAUGGAGAUACAAGAAGGUGUGAAUAAUAGCAAUGAGGACUUUAGAGAGGAGAACUUGAAAACAGCCAAUUGCACCCUAGCUAACACAAACUAUGUUAAUAUAACCAAAAUGCUAACUGAUGUCUAA